UGUCGGCGGCGGCGGUAUUCGAAUCGUGCCUCCGCCUACAAAGCCCGAGGCGCGCCGCAGCCCUCAGCACACUACUGGCUGAGAGCUAGCCAUGUGAUGUUAGGAUGGAGGGGAGAGCAGAGAACCGGAGUAGAGGAGUGGAGCCAGCCAUAUUGCAGGGGGCCCGUGAGGGCGCAGCGUCACUGCCGCUAUACACUGGGAACCUCUCGGCUUCUGCACGCGGCCGCCCGUUCUCUGUCUUCUCCCGUCCACUCCUCCAGCGUCGUCAGCGCAACGCCCCGUACUCCAUGGCGGCAUCCGCCGUACCGCUGUCAUCGCAGCCCCGGGGCGCUGCGGGCAGCGCGACGCUGAGCCCCACACGUAUAUCGAGGCUGCAGGAGAAGGAGGAACUGCGGCAGCUGAACGACCGGCUAGCCAUCUAUAUCGACAAGGUGCGCAGCCUAGAGGCAGAGAACAGCGCGCUGCAGCGGCGCGUCUUCGAGCGGGAGCAGGUACGCAGCCGCGAGAGCAGCGGCUUGAGGGAGCUUUUCGAGACGGAGCUGGCCGACGCCCGCAGGAUGCUGGACGACACGGCGCGGGAACGGGCCAAGCUGCAGAUAGAGCUGGGCAGGUUGCGCGCCGAGCACGAGAAGGUCCUCAGCAGGUGAGC